AUGAAAGUGCUAAAAGGGUAUGUUCAGAACCGUAUUCGUCCGGAAGGUUGCAUUGCUGAGCGGUAUAUAGCUGAAGAAGCUGUAGAGUUUUGCACCAAGCAUUUAUCUGAUGUUAAUACAGUUGGAGUGCCUUUAAGCCAGAAGAUGGAAGUUUCAAAGCCAUUAUCAGGUUGCACAAUAAGCUUAGUUGAUCGGGACUUGUUAAACCAGACACAUUUAUAUGUCUUGGAGAAUACGGAGGAAGUCCUACUUUAUAUCAAGUACGUAUGA